AUGACACGGUUUAGGCCAUGUAUAGACCUACACGCCGGUCAGGUGAAGCAGAUCGUAGGCGGAACCCUCGAUAGCUCUACCGCUGAGCUUAAGACGAACUUUGUCUCCCAGCAUUCCGCCGGGCAUUUCGCUCGUCUAUACCGAGAUCACAAUCUCGAAGGGGCACAUGUAAUUAUGCUGGGCCCUGGAAAUAAUGACGCUGCGAGCGAGGCCCUGGCGGCGUGGCCGGGCCAUCUUCAGGUCGGGGGUGGUAUCAACGACCAGAACGCUGCGACGUGGAUAGAACAGGGCGCUAGUAAGGUCAUCAUCACAUCUUUCCUCUUCCCCGGAGGCAAGUUUAGCCAGGAACGUUUAGAUGGUGUGUUGGCUACCCUCGGUGGCCGAAAGGAUAACCUCGUUAUCGACCUUAGCUGUAGACGACAGGGUGACGAGAAAUGGUUUGUAGCUAUGAAUAAAUGGCAGACUAUCACCGAUAUGGAGGUAAACCAAGAGACCAUUAAAACUUUAGAGCCAUACUGCUCUGAAUUCCUCAUUCACGCCGCUGACAACGAGGGUCUCCAGAAGGGCAUUGAUGAGAAACUUGUUGAGAAGCUUGCAGGAUGGUGUAGCAUACCGGUGACAUAUGCCGGUGGUGGGAGAAAUCUUGACGACCUUGAACUUGUCAAGAAGCUGAGCCAUGGAAAAGUAGACCUUACAAUUGGCAGUGCCUUGGACUGUUUCGGCGGCAUAGGAGUAAAAUUUGAUGACUGUGUUGCGUGGAAUGCCAAGCAAGGAAAAUAA